UUGAAUGGUAAGCGGUAUAGAGUAAGAAAAUGGCGCAUAAAACAUUGUUCUCACACUGUUCUCCUUCCUUCUCUCCCGUUUGGUAGAUCUGAAAAUAAUCGGGUGACCCUGUACAAAUUCGCAGGGUUUCACAAGAGUUGAGAUUACAAUCGGCGUUCCUAGCAAAACACUAUCGUUGAAAAUUGGUGGUAUAAGCUUCUCCCUUUUCUCUGAAACCUUGAAAACAAAUUCUUCACCCAUUUUACCCUCUCAACUGAUUUCACACAACGACAGCUUCUCGAGGCCUCAAUACGAGUUGCUCCCGCCGUUGUAAACGAAUUCCGAUCCGGGUAUGUCGAUGGCGUAGAGUUCUUCACCGAGGACCAAUUUUGCUUCUAUUUAUUUGGGUGUUACCAAUUCGCUCCCGAUUCAAAUUGACUCCAAAAUACGCACGAAUUUGGAAGCUCCAGUUGAAUUGGUGUCGAUUCAGCUUGACUCCAAUUCGCUCCCGAUUCAAAUUGACUCCAAAAUACGCACGAAUUUGGAAGCCCCAGUUGAAUUGGUGUCGAUUCAGGAUUAAUAAAAGCUGACGGCAUGGAAAAUAAAGAGCCAUUGAUAAUAACAGACAAAGAUGAUAUGAGACGAUGGUCAAGGUCCGCGAGGGCCCAAGGCAAGAUUGUUGGCUUUGUCCCCACUAUGGGUUAUCUCCAUGAAGGCCAUCUUUCUCUCGUCCAAGAAUGCAAGCAACACUCAGACCUCACUGUUGUCUCAAUCUAUGUAAAUCCAGGGCAAUUCUCCCCCAAUGAGGACCUCUCCACUUACCCUUUAGAUUUUAUUGGCGAUAUUAACAAAUUGAAGAACAAAGCUGGUGGUGUCGAUGUUGUUUUCCACCCAAAAGAUUUGUACGAUUAUGGAAAAUAUGAUGGUGUUGUGAAUGCAAGGAGCAAUGGCCUAGAAGAGGGAAAGGUGGUGUCUUGCGUGGAAAACAGUGGACAGGGUCACGAGACAUGGGUCCGAGUUCAAAAAUUGGAGAAGGGGUUGUGUGGGAGUAGUAGACCUGUUUUCUUUAAAGGAGUUGCCACUAUUGUAACCAAGUUGUUCAAUUUAGUUGAACCUGAUGUGGCUGUAUUUGGGAAGAAGGACUAUCAGCAAUGGAGGAUUAUAGAAAGGAUGGUACGAGAUCUUGAUUUUGGCAUUAAAAUUAUUGGCGCAGAGCUAUUGCGUGACCCUGAUGGCCUUGCAAAGAGUUCACGGAAUGUGCACCUUUCACCAGAACAGAGGAAGAAGGCAACAUCAAUUAGUGAGUCUCUGUUCCAUGCUAGAACUGCUGCACAGAAGGGCCAAGUAGUUUGCAGAGAAUUGAAGGAUUUAGUUAUCAAGACCAUACAUGAAGCUGGUGGAAAAGUUGAUUAUGCUGAGAUUGUAGACCAAGAAAGUUUGGAAGUGCUGGAUGAGAUCAAGAGCCCUGCAGUGUUUUGUAUUGCUGUGUGGUUUGGAAAUGUCAGGCUCCUCGACAACGUGGAGAUCGCCGUCUAAUAAACAGUUACACCAGGUCAUAUUUUGGAAGAUAAUCUUAGUACUCUCUGUAGUUUAUCUUUAUUGAUCGUGUAUUGUAAUUUGGUUUGCUGUAUCAAUUUUGGAAAUUGUGAAUAAAUUGGAGUAAUUUUAUUUACAAUUUUUAACUCUUGCCUA